AGCUCCAGCGAAUGGAACAGCACACGCCAAAUGCUGCACCCAGCACUGCGGACAUGGACGGUCCGGAUCGUUGCUCCAGGUCCAGCUGCAGCUGAAUCAGCGGAACGCAUUACUGUCGAUUUAGUGGUGAUAAGCUAGCAGCUCAUCUGAGAUAGAAAUCCAGCCAGAUAUGGCUGUUAUUUUCGCAAGUGAAAUGAAAUUACAUAAAAUUCAGGACAGUUGAACAAAACAGGGGCCAGAGUCCCUUCUGGAAAGGGAACGCGCUCGGAUUGGGGUGUGUUUUGCGUAAGGUUUCGGUUGCAGGAGAAAUCUUGCUUGGAUUUGGAAUUUUUCGUACGACGAUUAUAAAAGAUAAAAGAAAAUGUAUUCGAUUAGCUGUAGUUGCGUAGGACGAUUCGAAGGCAUAAAUAUUCUAGCAAUGCGAAAAUUUGCUCGGUGAAAUGAACAAAUUACCGAAGAAUUCGGGGUGACCAAUAAAGCAAGCAACUUCAGUGUGUGUGGUGGUGGUGAAGAGUCGAAGACGACGACGUCGAAGAAGAAGAGAAGAAGAAAAAGUGCUUUAAAUAGAUGGUUGGAGGUUAGCAAAAACCCGCAAGGUUUGACCAGAAAUCGCCAGAGCGGACCCACAAGCGCAACGGCCAGGGGUAUAGCAAAAUUGAACAGCAUCCCUCCCCUGAUCCCGAGACUUGUGGGAAGAUGAGACGUAUCGAAAGGAGCACAUAAAUUGACAACAGCAACAUCCAGCUUUUACCUCAAUUUUCCAACACAGAAAAAAUCAGCAGCAGCAACAACAACAACAACAACGUAACUGAAGCGAGAAUUGAGAUCACUGCUUUUUGCGAGAGCAGAAAGUAACCUACAACAUACCAUCGGAGCAGAGGGAACCAUCCAUUUAGACGACGCAGUAACUAGAAGAGGUACACGACGGAGACCUCUACGGCUCUCAGCGCACGGGAUCCAAUAACGAAACUGGUCCAUUUAAGCUGGGAGGAAUCUAGACGCACGGAAUCAACAAAACCGCAAAAUGUCACUGGAAAUCGAAGUGCCGCACAUCAGGUGCCCCUCGUUAGGUGUCUUCAUACUGACACUUAACCUGGCGCUGUUUUUGCCUCAGACUAUUAAUAGGACACCGCCAUAUGUGCUCGCGGGGACCGGUGGCGGUAGUAUGCUUGGGGAUGUAAAUAUUUCGGCCAUUCUAGAUUCGUUUAGCGUUGGCUAUGACAAAAGAGUAAGACCAAACUACGGAGGACCGCCGGUUGAAGUGGGAGUCACCAUGUAUGUGCUGUCUAUCAGUUCGCUGUCUGAAGUUAAAAUGGAUUUCACAUUGGAUUUCUACUUUCGACAAUUUUGGACUGAUCCACGUUUAGCUUACAGAAAAAGGCCGGGUGUAGAAACACUGUCAGUUGGAUCUGAGUUCAUUAAGAAUAUUUGGGUACCCGACACGUUUUUUGUAAACGAGAAACAAUCAUACUUUCAUAUAGCGACUACUAGCAAUGAAUUUAUAAGAAUACAUCAUUCUGGAUCUAUAACUAGAAGUAUUCGAUUAACAAUCACAGCAUCAUGUCCAAUGAAUUUACAAUAUUUUCCAAUGGAUAGACAGUUAUGUCAUAUAGAAAUAGAAAGCUUCGGAUACACGAUGCGAGAUAUCCGAUAUAAAUGGAAUGAAGGCCCCAAUUCAGUCGGAGUCUCGAGUGAAGUAUCUUUGCCUCAGUUUAAGGUUUUGGGACACCGUCAGCGUGCUAUGGAAAUCAGUCUCACAACAGGAAAUUAUUCACGUUUAGCAUGUGAAAUACAGUUUGUACGUUCGAUGGGUUAUUAUCUCAUUCAGAUUUACAUACCAUCCGGAUUAAUUGUAAUCAUAUCGUGGGUAUCAUUUUGGCUAAAUAGAAAUGCUACACCAGCACGUGUUGCAUUAGGUGUAACCACUGUCUUGACAAUGACAACACUGAUGUCGUCAACGAAUGCUGCCUUACCGAAAAUAUCUUAUGUAAAAUCGAUUGACGUAUAUUUAGGCACAUGCUUCGUCAUGGUAUUUGCCAGUCUGCUGGAAUACGCCACCGUCGGUUAUAUGGCGAAGCGGAUACAGAUGCGCAAGCAGCGCUUCAUGGCAAUCCAGAAGAUCGCUGAGCAGAAGAAGCAGCAGGCGGCGGACGCCAACCAUCCGCCUCCACCGCCACCGGCCAGCGAUCACAGCCAUGGCCAUGGUCACGGGCACAGCCACGGCCACCAGCACACGCCAAAACAGCAGAUGGGCAGCCGUAGCGGUACCAUGUCCAAUGUGCCCCCCCAUAAUAUCGCGGGAUCACGAGGUUGUUCUAUUGUAGGUCCACUGUUCCAAGAGGUCCGCUUUAAGGUGCACGACCCGAAGGCGCACUCGAAGGGUGGCACGCUGGAGAACACGAUCAACGGGGGUCGGGGCGGGGGUGGCCCACCGGGUGGCGGCGGUGGUCCACCCGGUGGAGGCGGCGGCGGGCCGGACGAAGAAUCGGGUGCACCGCAACAUCUGAUACACCCGGGCAAGGAUAUCAACAAACUGUUAGGAAUUACGCCAUCAGACAUCGACAAGUACUCGCGUAUUGUCUUUCCGGUCUGCUUCGUGUGCUUCAACCUGAUGUACUGGAUCAUUUAUCUGCACGUGAGUGACGUCGUGGCCGAUGAUCUGGUGCUGCUGGGCGAGGAGAAAUAAAGCGAUUUAGGGAAACAAACGAAAACCAGCAGAGAGGGCAUAGCGAUCGGUCAGCACCCUAGCAGGAGACACACGUUUAGUCAGACAAACAGACGCCACAUACACACGCAGACCGUCAGUAACACAUCCACACUCGCGCUCGUUUAGGUCAAAAAGUUAGGAGAUCGAGAAAUAUGUGUUUGUGUGUGCAUGCGAGACAGCGUUGGUCAGAGGACACGGAAAGGUAGGGGUCCUUAAGGAAUGCAAAUAUAACAACAAAAAUAUAAGAAAUUUUUAGGAUUUAUUUUUACCUAUUUACAGUUUCGGUUCUUUUUUAUACAUAUACAAGAGACAAAAAAUGGAAUAAAAAAAACUAGAUUUUAUCGUUAUUGAUGAUUAACAUUAUAGGAAAGGAGGUAACGAGAAAUAUUCCUAAUUAAAAAACACUCAUACAAAAGAAGAAAGGGAUGAGAUGAAGUCAACUUAGAAAUACACACAUGCGUAUGUGUUAGAAAAAUUAAAAUUUAAAACGAAAAAAAAACGCAAGCAACUAAAGAGCAAGUUGGAGAAUUCGAGUAUGAUUAGUAUAUAAGAAGCGAUGACAGCUAACUAGCAAAACACACAAAAAACGAUAUCUUCAGAAAUAAACAUAAAACUGGCGAAUUGAACGAGUCUAGGAACGUAUUAAAUUCUGAAUUAAAAAUAGCAGCAAAACAAACAAGCAAGCAACAAACAAAAUAAGUACACUAAACACAUUCUCACACAGAGCAUACAAAAUAAUGUAAAAUUGCGUAGGAAAUCAAAACAAAAAAAAAGUUUUUGAAUUGCAAAAACGUUUACCGGAAGCCGGAAAUUUAGAAUCCGAUCAGAGCAAACCCAUUUGGAGCGAGCCAGAACAACAUUUUAUAUAACAACCCUGUAGUAAUGUUUUCGGUUGUUCGAAACUAUACACUAAACAAAAGAGUAAAACAAUUAAGUACCCUAAGCAGCCAUAAUCCUUAGAACGUUGAAAGGGAUCGCGAGAUGAGACAUACAUAAGUGGUAUGACGAAUGACGGAAAUGUAAAGGCGCGUGUGUGAGUAAACGUUUUUAAACUUGGUUUGCUUUAAGCUUUCAUAAAGAAGUUUCUUCUGGAGCGAUGAAGCUGCCCAGCUGACUGAAAGAUCUACUGACGGCACCGGAGUUGAGGCGGACAUCUUACCCCGUUCGGCGAUGAGUCCCGUUGCCAGGGAAUCUGUGAACCGGUACUGGACGAAGUCAACAAUCGCGGUCAACUAACACUGUGGAGCAUUACCGUCGAUACUGAACGAAUCAGGUAGAUUGCCGAACACCUGGAAGGUUCGUCUUAUCUUCUGUCGGACUUAAAGAAAUGAAAACAGCUACGAGAAAAAAGCUUUUUAAAUAAAACACUGAACAGUUCAUACAAUCUAUAUCGUCAUUGCUCUUUGGCAAACUAUAACAGUUUGUUUGAAUCACGAAGUAUGAUAUUACAUACAGAGACAUAAAACAUUAAUAAUUGAGUUCAAUACAUAUUUGACAUUUUUGCAAGCCUUCAGAUGUGCCCAAGGACAACGUAAAAUAUCUUGAUCCUAGGCAGCUGCUCGCUUUUGUCGUAGUCUGGGCCCAGUUCAGAUGUACACUUACUUCCUUAAUAUUCCUGUUGAGGCUUCUCCGUCAUGAUCCUCAAGGUCUGCCUCUGCUGCAAUGUCCUGCCGGGUUUCAAUUCCAAUGUUCAACCCUUACAUAUAAAUUUCAUAAUCGCUCUUCUCCUACGUCCGUUUGCGUUAUUGAAUCACUAUCUGAUUGCCAAUAUAUUGAAAGCUUUCGACCUACUCCACUGCGUACCUGAUGAAAGUGGAGUGGUCAUUCGUGUUGUCAUCCAACGAUUUGUUCGUGCUGACGUUGAUGGUGAGGCCUGCCGGAGAAGAGCACAUGGCCAGGUCGUUAAACUAUUUUAUGACCGUAACAUUAACUUCUCAAAACACGAUUUGGAAGUGCUAUUGCAUUAGUUGUGCUUCAGAAUCGGGCAAAGUAUUCGACGCAUAUGGGUUGCACCAUUAUGGAACAUGUUGGUUCCUACAGUUGGGAUUCUUCUCUGGCCAUUUGACGAAGAUCUUAGUUCAAAGUCUGGUUUUUAAGGGAUUUUAUUCAAGGUUUCUAUAGAACUGGCCACACUAUUUUUGAAAAAGGACAUGGAAACAUUUCUAACGUUGGUGAUUGCAUUGUUGGUCUUCAAAUUUUCUUUUUGUGCAUUAUGACUUCAGCUCUAAUCUAUAUUCUUAUUAUUAAUAUUUGCUAAGUGAACACCUUUCUUAUUCUGAGAAACUAAAUCCAGCGUUGUAACGCCAUUUGAGUGCGAUCUUUUUCAGAUCAAACUUGAAAAGGCAAGAUACUGCAACUGCGCCACUUGUGUAUUUGUGUGUAUGUGUGAAUGUUAAUGUAUGUGUGUUCGUGUAGGACAACCAUUGAAAAGGAAAGAGGGAGAUAGAGUAAAUGGCGUAAAUAUAAAAUAUUUACUCGUCAAAUAUCUGUAGAUUAUGUGUCUUUUCGCUUGUUUCAAUUGGAAUUUAUUUUUCAAUUGAAACAGACAAGAUAAAUGGAAAAUGAAAACAGAACUGCUCAAUUAUUUUUCAUGAAAAAAAGUAAACAAACAUCGCGAAUAAGUAAUUUUUUAAUAAAAAAAUGAGAGGAAUAAAAAAAUUACAUAUUUAUACUUUUUAUUUGUAGCCUACAGAAUGAAAGACGUAGAAAAAAACCUAGAAUGUUUCGAAACAAAUGAAAUUUAAUCAAUCCUUAGCAAGGGUUGGUGAUAGGAGUCAGUUAUUAUAAAUCACCUGACACAAAAAAUGCAUUACCAAUAAGUUUCUCACCUUACUGAACGAAUCAUUGGACAGCAGAAGAUGGCAAAAUAAUAUCUCCAAGCUCCGAAUACCUUCAAGGAGCCUGUCGCGUUAACUUUCAAAAUCAACCAAAAGUCAAACACUAAGAUAUACAAAGAAAUAAAACAUCACCUAAUACUAGUAGUUGUUCACUCGUAAACGAAAAGUAAAACGCGUUUAUCCAAUACAAGCCAAGUGUAAACAAUUAAAGGAUCAAAAACCAAACUAUGGAAAUAAGGUGAAAAUACAAACCACAAAAAAAACGGCACCACAUUUUGUUCAGCAUUUUCAUUUUGACAGGUUAUGAUCGAAAGUCAAAGCACUCACGGUGAUUUUUUCGCCCUCACUCGCCUUGCACUGUGAUACGUUGCCAUCGUUACUGGCUGCACUGCUGUCGUGUGGGCGCGCGCAGGUGGGAGAAACGAUGAAGGCGCUAACAUCCUUGAAGUCACGCUGCAGCAGCGUUGUCAGGACUUCCUGAUGUUCAUACAGUUUUAUCUCGAAAGUAAAUUUAAAAAAAUAACAAUAAAAAACGAGAAAACGAUCCCCUAUCUUCCAAUCAUUUACAUUUCUUUUAAAUUCGGUCACGUGCAUCAUCAAGAAAAGACUUGAAUGUUACACAAAGAGCAAAACAAAUAAAAGUAAACAUAUGCACCUUUAAGCAAGUUGACUACAGAGUAGAGUUACGAUAAUUGGUCCACGGUCCAAGACGUUCUGUAUUAGUACCGUUUUUGCUUCAGUAGUUAAGCUCUUCCAAUAGGCACAUUUUUUCCUUGCGGCAAAAAAAAAAACGAAGUUAGUGAGAUAGGUAUUUCACUCAGAAAGCGCGUAGAUCAAUUCUAUUUAAGUCUUUUCUAUAUUCCCUUUUUCAUUGAUCCACAUGUUGUACCUCUUUUUGGUUGACUGUAUAUACGAAAUCCAACCUACGUUAGAAUCGGGCAAAAUCAUAAAAUACAAAACACCGCAGAUUCGGAAAAACGUAACAAGAUUUGAGAUUGUUUUUAAAUUCCAACGCAGAUUCUCAUACAACCCACAUAAUACAAAAGAAAUGUUUCGCUCUCGAUGACAAAAAUGUUAAGUACGACUAAAAUCAAAAAGCGGACGUGUAAAAAAGGAUGUGAUUGAUUUUAUUGAAAAGAGAACAAAAGUUGAGUUAAAUAACGAGUAACCAAAAACAGUAGUAGAAUUCAAGACGAGAUGUAUAAGUAAGUGUUAAAUACUCACUGUACUUAACUAUAAGAAUUUAAGGGGAAAACCAGAAAAAAAAACAAAAAAGAGCAAAAGUAAAUAAAAUAUAUACACAAUAUAUGAAUAUAUGAGGAAAAAAGUAUAUAAAUCGCAACACAAGAAAAAUUCUAAAUAAAUAUAAAUUUUUUAUAUAGGAAUGUAACAUGCAACAAAAAAUUCAAUAAAGAAUGCAAAAAAUAUCGUUCAUAUUAUAUUUGUAAAUAUUUUAGUUUGUCAAAUGACUCACCCUAAUGUACAUUCAACUUCAAUGCACAAACAAAAGGAUAAGAGAAAUUUCAGAAUAGCAUAAAAGAAUUAUAUAACAGAAAAUAACUUCAAGAUAGCAAAAAAAAACAAAAGAAACACUCACACACGAAUGCAUAAACAAUAUUCAAAAAAAAAAAGAACGCUCCAAAUUUCUUUCAGAACUCGAAACCUACUCACUUUUAUGAUCACGUGCAGAUGCCAACAGCCCGAUCAAAUCGAAACAGAAAGAGACAGCAAACUCUUCCUACACGAAAAAGGCGCGUUACCGUCACUACUCGGAUGAUUGACAGCGCUUAUCCUUCACAGUGUUUCACGCCAGAACAUUCUGAGUGGAUAGCUUUCCUAUCGAUCAGCGAGCUAGAGAAAACUAGAAAUCAUCGCCUUGGAACAGCCAUUAGUUCAACGUAAUGAAAAACAAAAACAAAAUAUCAGCAUUAUGGGACAACAGUGCAGAACAAUAGCGGAAAAAAAACUAAACAAGUUUUUUUAAUAGUCUCGGUAUCCCAUGAAUUAAGCAUUAACAAGUACACAAACACAUAUGCUCUAAAUAAUUGAAAGCUGACGAAGCAACCUGUUAAACAGAAAUAAAAAAUCUUGCAAGCGAACAAAAUACACUUACACACACACGUACUAGAAUAUUUAUUGUUAUGGUAAAUAAAAAGAAUAAAAAGACAAAAUAUAAUUUGUUUCGUUUAGGUGAAACCAAUGUGUACGUUUUCUUUUAUUAUUCCGUUGAGUAUUUUUAACAGCAGCGAAGAAGAAACUAUAGGAAACAAUGCCGAAAAGCGUGAAGAGCAAAACAAAUGCAACCGAAACGGAAGAAAUCAGUCAAAAGCGAUAGGAACAGAAAGAUAUUCUCGAAGAAGCAGAACAACAACAAUAGAAAAAGAACAUUUCAGCAGAAACAAACAAAACCAUGUAACGUUUCGAACAAAAACAAGUUAUAAGAAAAAGAAAAGAAAAUAAACAAUUUAAAUAAAAAACAGUAAA